AUCUGCAUUUCUUUCAUGCAGAGACUGCAGAAAGUGCUGCUAUGUGGAGAUUGCAGCGUCGGCCGCCCCCUCCCUGUGCAGGCGGUGCUGCUCCAGGUCGGGAAGGGAGUGUCCCGGACGCACGGCCCCCCCAGCCACACUGCGGCUCUUCUCUCCACCGAGUUGACGCCUCUCCGGUCCCGCUGCAGCUCGGAAGCCUUAGCGCUCAGGUCCAGACCCGUCCACCCAGCUGUCCCACCACCACCUCCACCUCCAGGCAGGAUGGCAGCACAGCACCCAGAGUUUGAGCGGGCCGGUAAGAACCCAGGCCUCCAGGUGUGGCGGGUGGAGAAAUUCAACCUGGUGCCCGUUCCAGAGAACCUGUACGGUGGAUUUUACACCGGAGAUGCCUAUCUGGUUCUUAACACCAUCAAACAGCGCUCUGGCCAGCUGCAGUACGACCUCCACUUCUGGCUGGGUGACUCCUGCUCUCAGGAUGAGAGCGGCUCGGCGGCCAUCUUUACCGUCCAGAUGGACGACUUCCUGGGGGGGAAACCCAUCCAGUACCGCGAGGUGCAAGGACACGAAUCCAAGACUUUCCUGGGCUACUUCAAGUCAGGAAUCAAAUACAUGCAAGGAGGCGUGGCAUCUGGGUUCAAGCACGUGGUCACCAACGAGGUGUCGGUGCAGCGAUUGCUCCAGAUCAAAGGUCGUCGUGUUGUCAGGGCAACAGAGGUGGCCGUCGGCUGGGACAGCUUUAACCAAGACGACUGCUUCAUCUUGGACCUGGGAGAUGAGAUUUAUCAGUGGUGCGGCUCGCAAAGCAACCGCUUCGAAAAGCUGAAGGCAACUCAGGUUGCCAAGGACAUCCGUGACAACGAGCGCAGCGGGAGGGCCCGCGUGUACGUCUGUGAUGAGGGGAUGGAGAGGGAGCAGAUGCUGAAGGUUUUGGGACCCAAACCAGACCUGCCCGCUGGUGCCUCCGAUGACAUCCAUGCUGAUGUUUCCAACAGGAAGAGCGCCAAACUGUACAAGGUGUCCAAUGCCAGUGGAGGCAUGACCAUCGCCCUGGUGGCAGCAGAGAACCCGUUUGCCCAGAGUGCCCUGGAGUCCGGAGACUGCUUCAUCCUGGAUUACGGCUCAGAUGGGAAAAUCUUCGUCUGGAAGGGCAAAGAUGCCAACAUGGACGAGCGGAAGGCGGCACUGAAGGCUGCAGAUGAGUUCAUCAAAAAGAUGGGUUACCCCAAGCACACUCAGGUCCAGAUCCUGCCGGAGUCCGGAGAGACGCCUCUCUUUAAGCAGUUCUUCAAAAACUGGCGGGACAAAGACCAGACGGAGGGCAUGGGUGUGGCCUACAUCGCCAACAGCAUCGCCAAGAUCGAGAAAGUGGCUUUCGAUGCUGCCACCCUUCAUGAGUCCCCCGGCAUGGCAGCCCAGCACGGCAUGGUGGAUGACGGCAGCGGGGACAAACAGAUCUGGCGGGUUGAGGGAUCUGACAAAGCUCCGGUGGAUCCGUCCACGUAUGGACAGUUCUACGGCGGAGACAGCUACAUCAUCCUGUACAACUACAGGCAUGGAGGGCGUCAGGGACACAUCAUCUACCUGUGGCAGGGCAUGGACUCCAGUCAGGACGAGAAAGGCGCCUGUGCCAUCCUCGGCGCACAGCUGGACGAAGAGCUGGGCGGCGGUCCCGUGCAGUUUUCUCAGGUGGUUGGUGCUCCUAUAACCACUCAGGUGAGAGUGAUCCAGGGAAAGGAGCCUGCUCACUUGAUGAGUCUGUUUGGAGGAAAGCCCAUGGUGGUGUACAAAGGAGGAACCUCCAGGGAAGGAGGUCAGUCCGCCCCUGCAGAGACCCGGCUCUUCCAGGUGCGCUCCAACUCUACAGGCCACACCAGAGCUGUGGAGCUUGAUGCAGCAGCGUCCAACCUGAACUCCAACGACGCUUUUCUCCUUGUUACACCUAACGGCACCUCCUUGUGGAUGGGAGCAGGCGCCAGCGAAGCGGAGAAGCAGGGAGCGCAGCAGCUGUGUGACAUUCUGGGCGUGUCAGCCUCAGAGCUGUCAGAAGGAGGCGAGACAGCUCAGUUCUGGGGGGCUCUGGGUGGAAAGGCAGAUUACCGCACGUCCACCAGGCUUAAAGACAAGAUGGACGCCCAUCCACCUCGACUCUUCGCCUGCUCCAAUAAGACGGGAAACUUCGUCAUCGAAGAGGUUCCUGGGGAGUUGACCCAGGACGAUCUCGCCACCGAUGAUGUCAUGAUCCUAGACACCUGGGAUCAGGUGUUUGUCUGGAUCGGGAAUGAAGCUCAGGAGGAGGAGAAGACUGAAGCCAUGGCAUCCGCGGUUCGUUACGUCGAAACCGACCCAGCCAACAGAGACCCCAGAACGCCCAUCGUCAAAAUCAAGCAGGGUUUCGAGCCGCCCACCUUCACCGGCUGGUUCCUGGGUUGGGACCACGAUUAUUGGGCCAGCGACCCUCUGGAGCGCGCCAUGGCGGAACUGGCCCUGUGAUCGGCCCCCGCCACCGCUCAGCCUCUUAUCUUUGCUUUUGAUCUACUGCUCUGCACUGUGAUUUCAGACCUUGAAGACAUCGAUCCACCAUUUGAAACACAAAUUACAAUUUUUAGUUGCUUGCUGCAAUAGUGCCUUCACAGCCACAAACAGGGCUUUGACUAACAUUAGUGUUUGAAGUGUUUCUUAUUCAACUUCUUUAUUUUAUAUAUUUUGUAAAGUCUGCGCAAACUUGCAGCAAGAUAAUUUUUAAAAAAUAAUGCACUAUUACUAAAGUCGCUGCCAAGAAUCUGUGGCUCACAAGGCAUGUCCUUCAGGGUACAGACAGCCUUCCUUCUAGAGGCUUUUUUAAGUCUAAGAAAGCUUUAAGACUUGAAACAUCACUUAUUACUCACAUAUUUAUUUUGCCCCACAACUCUACUUAGAAGGUUUUUCUAUUCUGCUGUUACUUUUUCCUCAGAGGAUGAUGCUAUGCUGCUUUAAAAACCUGUUCUUUCAAUAAAAAUACACAAAACGGC